GGACGAUGACGAGAGGGUAGCAACAGUUGCCCCGGUGAAGGCAAGGCGCCAUAGUCACGGUAGUCCUGGCGACAAGAACCAAGCAACGGGAGUCAACAACAACAAGCUAAAUCUAAGGAAAAAAACUUUAACGACUAAAAAAGGACAAUACUGGGAUAAACUAGAGGACUAGUGCCUCAAAGCAUUGGUUGUCAUGGCAACUUCUGGAUUCUCGGAGGACCUUCAGCCUCAGCAGGCCAAUACAGUAACCAUAGCAACUCCUACUGCCACCACACCCUCAUCCGCAAAGACAGCACACUUCCUGUCUGAGAUCCCACCAACCUCUGGAACCACUGCAACAGCUAACCAAUCAGCCACUGCCUCAAAAACAGGACAGGAUGUACUUUGUUCUCAAGCACCGCCCACUCAGGCCCAGAGCCAGAAGGCAGUGGUUCUGACCACUCCCACGCAGCACUACGUAUCGCCUGAAAUCCAGCACUCUACGGUCCAGAAGAGUAAUGGUCAGAGCAGCUCUCCUCAGUACAUCAUAGUAACUGUUACAGAGGGUUCUGUUCACUCCAAUGACAGUCUGUCGGACUCCAGCCCGCCUGCCCCUGGCGUUCCUACUCAGGUGGUCCAACCAGUGCAGGCCACCCCACAGCAGAGGUCAGUGUUGCAAGCCGUGUCGCAGGCAGCCAAGAGGAUUCAGACAGGCCAAAUUAACAACCUACAGUCUGUGCACAUUAACCAGGAGGUGGAGCAUGUGUACUCUGGCCAGGUGCAGUAUGUGGACGGAGCAGGAGAUGCAACUUUCACCACAUCCACCAUUCGAUCGAGCAACUACCCUUUCUCCGACUCGCCCCUCUACUCCCAGACCCCUCCCACCUCCUCUUCCACCUACUAUGAGACUACGCCCAGUUCUGAGUCAGACAUCACCGGAUCUGUUACCUCGCAGCCAGUUUCUGUGGCAACAGGAGGAGCCAGUAGCGGGGCAGCUGCUGCGGGUGGAGCAGGCUACGUUAUUCAGGGAGGUUAUGUGUUAGGAGGAGGAGGAGCAGCAGCAGCAGCAGGUGGAGGAGGAGGAGGAGGAGGACAGAGUUACUCUAGCCCUAACUCUCGAGCACCACCUGCUACUGUGCAAUGGCUUUGUGAUAAUUACGAGGGGGCUGAGGGGGUGAGUUUACCUCGCUGCACCCUCUACUACCACUACCUGCUGCACUGCCAGGAGCAGAAACUAGAGCCUGUUAAUGCUGCGUCUUUUGGCAAACUCAUAAGGUCUGUCUUCAUGGGGCUACGUACACGAAGAUUAGGGACCAGAGGGAAUUCUAAGUACCACUACUAUGGCCUGAGGAUCAAAUCUGGUUCCCCACUGCUCAGACUGAUGGAUGAACAGCAGCACAUGGCGAUGAGGCAGCAGCCUUUCUCACAGAAAAACAGGAUAAAGCCAGUUCAGAAGACACAGGGGAUCACCAAUGGUACAUCAGGUGGGGCAGGUCAACAGCAGGCGGCGGCACUCUGUGAUAUUUCAGCCCAGGUGCAACAGUAUCAGCAGUUUCUGGAGGCGUCAAGGCCGCUGCCAGAGUUUGUGGACAUGGAUCUGCAAGAUCGAACCCUGCCUGAUGGGAUCCUUUUAGAACACCUCAAGGCCUUCCAGACUCUCUACAGAGAACACUGUGAGGCCAUCCUGGAUGUAAUGGUUAACCUUCAAUUCACUCUUGUGGAGACACUUUGGAAAUCCUUCUGGAGGUUCAGCCAGAGCAAUGACACAGAAUCACUCAACCUGCACAAUGAGUCUGAGAAGCGUCUGCCCAAAUCGUGCCUGGUGGUGCUGUGUAAGUUUGAGCCAGUGUUGCGCUGGACGAGGGAGUGUGACAACCUGCUGUACCAGACUCUGGUGGAGAUCCUCAUCCCUGAUGUACUGAGACCCAUCCCUAGUGCCUUAACUCAGGCCAUCCGCAACUUUGCAAAGAGUCUGGAGAAUUGGUUGACAGGUGCCAUGAUGAACAUCCCAGAGGAGAUGGUUCGCAUAAAGGUGGUGUGUGUAGGCUCCUUCUCCCAAACGCUGCGACGCUACACCAGCCUGAACCACCUGGCCCAGGCUGCCCGCGCCGUUCUCCAAAACUCAGCCCAGAUCAACCAGAUGCUCUCCGACCUCAACCGGGUUGAUUUCACUAACGUACAGGAGCAGGCGUCCUGGGUGUGUCAGUGUGAAGACCGUGUGGUCCAGAGACUGGAGCAAGACUUUAAAAUGACUCUGCAGCAGCAAAACUCCCUGGAGCAGUGGGCUACCUGGCUUGAUGGUGUUGUCUCCCAGGUUCUAAAGCCCUACGAGCACAACCCCAUCACCCUACCAAAGGCUGCCAAGGUCUUCCUGCUCAACUGGUCCUUCUAUAGUUCUAUGGUAAUCCGGGACCUGACUCUGCGCAGUGCUGCCAGUUUUGGCUCCUUUCACCUGAUCCGCUUGCUGUAUGAUGAGUAUAUGUACUACCUGAUAGAGCACAGGGUGGCCCAGGCUAAAGGAGAGACGCCCAUUGCAGUCAUGGGAGAAUUUGCCAGCACUGUCAAGAGCCGAACCUCACCAGACCUGGAAAAGGAAGAAGAGGAAGAGGAUGAGGAAGAGGAGAGCGAAGAAGAGAGCGGAGAUCUUGUACUGCAGUCCAGCUCUCUGAGUGCAGUCGAUGAGGAGGAGCCAAUGGAACCGCCCGCCAAGCAGCCUAGGGCAACUUUAAACCUGCACACACCUUAGCUAAUUAUCUAUAUAAUCAACACACAUCACAUUACUCACCUUUGCUUUAAGUUUAACAUCAUGUCAUCCCAUUCUGUCACCUGCUUCUGGUUUGCAAACAGACAAUAUUUGAUGUUCAGUGUGUGGUUGUCAUGUGUGUGUGUGCAAGGCAUGUGAGAAAGUGGGAGAGCCCUUUGCCAAUUUUUUAUGUUCUACUUUUGUGCAGCCAUUCUUUCUCUCUUGGCCUUCACCUGAUCAUUUACAAUCUUUCCCUGUGCCUUCCCUGUCUGUUCAGUGGCUCGAUGUCAGUAGCCACUCAUGUCCACCUUGAACUAAACAAUACACGCAAUAUAUUCUCCACUCCCUCCUGCCCUGCCUUAACCACUGACCUGAUUGCUGUGGAGAGAUGAGAAGACUCCAGUGUUCUUCAUUGUGCUUUAAAGGCACACUGCCUUUAAAGCAACGACUAUGCAGGGGAGCUGGACUUAAAUGAACAGCACUGUCUGAAACACACUUCUUUUUUUUCUUUUUUUUUAAAUCUAAGAGUAGCAUCUGGAAUGAUACUGCAUCAUAAAUUCUCUUGGCACAUGGAUGUUGAUUUACAGCUAUUUGUGGAUGCCAUAUUUUACUUGUUUAUGUCAUUUCUUAAAAAUUUGGCCAACUAACUGCUACCCUGUGCCUUUGAGAGAUUAAUAGCCUGAAAAAGAAGAAGCUUGUAUUCUAUAUAUUCUUUAUUGGUGGAUUAAUAAAUGAAGGUCCUGUUAAGUAGUUUUGGUGUUGUCAUGAACUUUUACUAGCUGUAAAAAAAAAAACAGAAAAAAAAAAACUGAGAUGGUGACAGUCAAGCUUUGUUGUGAGUCCACCCAGUUUGUUGUUCUUCAUUCAUCCUUUCAUCAAUUGAUCAUCCAUUCAUUCUUUCAAGCUCAUAAUCUUAUUUUAUACACACGCACACAAAAUCCUACUGGACAGACAGAUUACUCAAGUGCUACCACACAAACUUUGAUAGACUGAAUGCAAUUUAAGUCAGCCGCAAGACGAGGCCAAAGUUUAUCCCUCACAAUCAGGAGCAUACACUGUAUCCAUGGCAACCUUCGUACCAGCUAGAUGUACCAGCUACAGCUAUCUCAAAGUUUUUGAAGUGUAAAAGUAGAUGUUUAUUUUCUGGGUUUCUAUGUUGAAUAUAUUGUAGAUAACCUAUAUUAUGUACCUUUUGUGAACACUGUCAUAUAUCCGAACUAUUUGUAUGUUGUUUAACCAUUACUGCCUUAAGAAAUAUGUUGUGGUAUGUCCACCAUCGAGAGUACUGAGCUAUAUUUUUAUUUUGAUGAUGGACCAGGCAUGUGAAUAUGGUGAGCUUCUAGAUUGACCCUUUCCAAAGAGCGCAUGCUCAACCAGCAGCUUCUCACAUAACAUGAGCAGAUGUUGAUUUUAUGAAGUGUGGAACUUUGGUAUUGAAAGGAAAAAAUAGAAAAGAUUAGUCGUAAUGGGGUGUCCUUCAGCACUUCAGCACAUCUGACUAUCAAGAUCCCACCAAAGAGCACUAAAUAGAAAAAAUUGCCCUCGCCAUUUAUCCAUAUGGCGAGGGCAGACUACAAAAUCUGUCUUUUAAAAUAAAAUCAACUGCGAACUGCAAUGUCACUAUCACAAAAAUUGUGACUUGGACUCUGUCCGUAACUUGUGCUGCCACACAUUUUAUGAGGUCCUCUUGAUAUUAUUUUGAAGACCUAUGUACUUAAAUCUGAUCUACAUUUGUAGCUUUAUUCUUACUGUUAACUAAAAGGACAUGAUUGCUCUCGAAACCUGUACCAGAAUUUCUUUCCUCUGACCCCUCGACAUAUUGUUUGUUCUUGGUUUUGCUCAACCACAUCACCUACACCAGACU